UAACACAUUUUGCAGCUUCUUCAACAAGGCACACGUCAACCCGAACUUGAUAAAAUAGCGUCGUAUUACUUUGAUGGACAAGGCAAAGCACUGAGGCCCAUGGUAACAAUGCUUAUGGCCAAAGCGAUAAACUAUCAUUUAAAUAAAGAAUCAAGCCUUUUGGUACACAAACAACGACAAAUUGCGCUUUUUUCUGAAAUGGUGCACUCUGCCAGUUUGGUGCAUGAUGAUGUUAUCGAUCAAUCUGAUUUCCGGCGUGGUAAGCCCAGUGUUAACGCGCUGUGGAAUCAUAAAAAGGUCACAAUGGCUGGAGAUUACAUAUUGUCAGUUGCUUCUAUUAUGAUUGCACGUUUGAAAAGUAAUGAUGUGACCAUAAUAUUAAGUAAAAUUUUGACGGACUUGGUUCAAGGUGAAUUCAUGCAACUUGGCUCAAAAGAAACUGAAAAUGAACGAUUUGCCCAUUACCUUACAAAAACGUACCGGAAGACGGCUUCAUUGAUUGCGAACGCACUCAAAGCGACAGCGGUCAUAGCUGAAGCUGAUGAUAAUGUUGUAGAAUUAGCGUUCCAAUAUGGCAGAAAUAUUGGUUUAGCAUUUCAAUUGGUAGACGAUAUGCUGGACUUUGUCUCAUCCGCAGAGACUAUGGGUAAACCAACAGCAGCUGAUCUGAAAUUGGGGCUUGCAACGGCGCCAGUCUUAUUUGCAUGCGAAAAGUAUCCUGAACUUAAUCCCAUGAUUAUGAGACGGUUUAGUGAACCUGGUGACGUUGAGCGUGCCUUCGAAUUAGUACACAAAUCACAUGGAUUAGAACAGACACGAUUCUUGGCCAAAAAACAUUGCAUCGAAGCGAUACGAUUAGCGCAGGAAUUAACUGAGUCACCUUACCAGAAGGGUUUACAAGUAGUGGCCGAUUUAGUCAUUAAUCGUAUGAAAUAAAAUAUGUACAAUAUAUAUGUAAAUAUAUAUAUAUGCAGAAUACAAAAAUAAAAAUCAUGAACACAAUAAAAAUAAUAAUAGCAACUCAAAAUUUACUAA